AUGGAAGAAGUCGUGGAUCGUCUCGGUCGAGUACAAGCUGAAGACGUGGAGCAAGACGAGGCCUGGGAAGCUGCAGACUUGGAAGCCUCGGUUGGGAGCCAGCCUUCGAACAGCCAUCGCAGGGAUGGAUCACCCGACGUGAGGCAGCAAGGAGCGCCGGUGCCUUUUCGUAUCUCGAGAAGGCUUGCUUCAGGCUGUAGGACGCCGGGGUGCAACAGAACCACACUAGACGGACUCAGUCGCUGCACUGGCUGUAGGGUGGCAUUGUACUGCGGACGCGAGCAUCAGCACGCCGACCGCCCUGCUCACAAGGAAGCCUGCAGCGCGAUCAAGAAAGCGAAUCUUGCAUAUGAGAAGGCUGAGCGCGAGCUGUGCGACAAGAAAGGCGACGACGUGUUGAGGCAAGAGCUACCGAGGUUCUGGAAUACCGGUGCGAGCCAGCCGUACAUGCGAGCGAGGUUUGCCCUCGUCGAGAGCCUCCUUCUUGUCAACACGGAGACGGCGGUCGGUGCGGCGCUCGACCAUGUAUUGGCCAUGCUGCAGCUCAGUCGCCGCGACACCAUGGGCAUGCGCGAUGUCGUGCCGGCGCUGUUUCUACGCCUACGCAGAGAUCAGCAAGCGUACGACUUCUGCAAGUGGUGGGUCACGGCUGGACGAGAGAGAGACUACGGGUGGGCCGACAAGACCAGUCGCUACUUGGAUACCCAAGAUGCAGAUGUGUUUGAGGAUCCAAGGGCAUUCGUGCGCGAUGCCACGGUAUCGCUGUCGCUGGCUGUGAGCGUCACGCUGGUCAAGCUGCGUCUACUCAUGGAUCUGCUUGCAUUGCAGCGCGACCGGCAGAUUGCCGCGCCAAAGCUGCCCUCGGAGAUUACGGACCAGGGAUUCGUGCACUGCACCAGCUCCAUCAUCCAGUCCCAGCGGCGGGAGCUGGAGCGCGAGGAGCAGACGCUGAACACGACGAUGCUGCGCAAACACGUCGCGCAGCUGUUCGCCGCGGUGCGCCAGAGCAACGCGCACUUCUGGCCCGCGCUGCUCCGGCCUGGGAGCCACCUGGAGGCGAGGCCUGUGGUUCAUGGCUUGGGCGACACCGGCCAGAUGCAAGUCGUGCUGAGGGCCAACCACCAGGCCUGGGCCGAGACGAAGGGGGCCAUGGAGGCGGUGGAGGAGCUGCUGCAGUCUUGA